GGAUACCUGUGUAUAUGAUACAUAUAUUUUCCAUUUCCGUCAUGUCCUCUCGUGUUAUACUCAGUGCAUAUAUUUAACAAAGACUUGCCGUCUUUACCUCAGAACACUUACGCGCGCGUUUUACGUGUUUUACCAGUUGCAUGAUCCUGAUGUCAUAAUUUGACGAUUAUUUCCCACGGACACGGCGAACAACACACCAGAGAAACGUGACGGGGCUGGAUUUCCACCGUGGGGCUGAACCAAUAGCAGCUCGCAAACCCGAGUCACUCAUUCCGGUAAUCCGUAACGUUACACGUGUCAUAUUGUGUGCUGCCCAAUGGAAGAUACGAGAGCGUCUACAGUGGCUGCUCCUCAUCUCAAACUUCACAGAGUCCUGGACGGCUGAAAUCGGGGAUUGUUUACGCUUUUGGACUAACGUUACCAUCGACUUCACUCAGCCUUUAGGAUGGAAUAAAUUGCAACUAUGGUGGUGAAUUCCGUGCAUUGGUUUCGCAAAGGGCUGCGGCUUCAUGAUAAUCCGGCUUUGCAGGAAGCUCUCAAUGGCGCGGAUACUGUACGGUGUGUUUAUAUUUUGGACCCGUGGUUUGCAGGCUCGGCCAACGUGGGAGUUAACAGAUGGAGGUUUUUACUGGAAUCUUUAGAAGAUUUGGAUACAAGUUUGAGGAAACUGAAUUCAAGGCUUUUUGUGGUGCGAGGACAGCCAACGGAUGUCUUCCCGAGACUCUUCAAGGAGUGGAAUAUCACACGUCUCACAUUUGAAUAUGACUCUGAGCCUUAUGGCAAAGAAAGAGAUGCAGCCAUCAUUAAAAUGGUGCAGGAAUACAGUGUGGAAACCGCGGUACGAAACACUCACACGCUCUACAGUCCAGACAGGAUCAUAGAAAUGAACAACCACAGCCCCCCUCUCACUUUCAAGAGAUUUCAAGCCAUUGUGAACAGACUCGAACUUCCUAGGAAACCAUUGCCGACUAUCACUCAAGAACAGAUGGCCAGGUGUCAGACGCAGAUCUCGGAAAAUCAUGAUGAACGUUAUGGCGUACCCUCUCUCAAGGAGCUGGGUUUUAAGACUCAGGGUGACCGCUCACAUGUAUGGAAGGGUGGUGAGACAGAAGCCCUGGAAAGAUUAAAUAAACACUUAGACAGAAAGGCCUGGGUAGCAAAUUUCGAGAGGCCUAGAAUAACCGCUCAAUCACUGUUCGCAAGCCCAACUGGACUUAGUCCUUACCUACGAUUCGGCUGUCUGUCAUGUCGCGUGUUUUACUACAGUCUACGGGAACUUUUUAUGAAGCUGUGGAGACGCUCCAGUCCACCCCUCUCGCUCUUCGGCCAGCUGCUGUGGCGAGAGUUUUUCUACACGGCAGGCACCAACAACCCCAACUUUGACCGUAUGGAGGGAAACCCCAUCUGCGUGCAGAUCCCCUGGGAUCACAAUCCUGAGGCGCUGGCUAAAUGGGCAGAAGGUCAGACAGGGUUCCCUUGGAUCGAUGCCAUCAUGACCCAGCUAAAACAGGAAGGCUGGAUCCACCACCUGGCCAGACAUGCCGUAGCCUGUUUCCUCACUCGUGGAGACCUGUGGAUCAGUUGGGAAAGUGGAAUGAAAGUGUUUGAGGAGUUGUUGUUGGAUGCGGACUGGAGCGUGAACGCGGGCAGCUGGAUGUGGCUGUCCUGCAGUGCGUUUUUCCAGCAGUUCUUCCACUGUUACUGUCCCGUGGGCUUCGGCCGCAGGACAGAUCCCAGCGGAGACUACAUCAGGAGGUACAUCCCGAAGUUAAAAGACUAUCCUAACCGCUACAUCUACGAGCCAUGGAAUGCUCCAGAAUCAGUGCAGAAAGCGGCCAACUGCAUUGUGGGUGUGGACUAUCCUAAACCUAUGAUCAACCAUGCCGAGAGCAGCCGGCUCAACAUCGAACGAAUGAAACAAGUUUACCAGCAGUUGUCGCACUACAGAGGCCUUAGUUUGCUCGCCUCAGUCCCUACAAUCCAGGAAGAGGCGGAGCCUCCCAUGUCAGAUGACUCUCAGGCCAGCAGCAGCACUGCCGGUCAAGCGUCCACUCCCACACCAUCUCCACACCAGCCCACCCCUGCACCAUCAACCCCACCCAACUCGGAGCCCUCCACCACAAACUCAAGCCCGACAGCAGCUGCCCCCGGGGUCCACAUCCAGAGGAAAAGGGGCCGACCCUUUGGGCUCCCAAGCAAACAGAAUUCAAAAGUUAAGCACACCAACCAAGCCAAAGGAGUCGAGCAGAAGACUGAUGACAAGCAGUGACCAGAGGUUGAGACUGCGUUUGCGGUCCCAUAUCCAAGGAAGUCUGAGGAGUCCACCUCGCUGAACCAUCCCAUAGACAGAAACGGCAGGAGAAAAGUGUGCGAAUGGCGCCACCUUUUGCAGAAGAACAGAAACAGCAUUAAUAAACAAUAACAAAAGAAUUAACACUGUUCCGUCAAUGCCUGUGACAAAUCCAGGGCUUGUUUGUCAAACAUCAAUGAUAAAAAAGCUGCUUUUUUUUUCCCGUUGCUUGACCUCCAAAUGUUCAGAUGUCUCUCUUUAUGACUAACCAGUGCAUGUAU